GGAAAACACCACCAGAUCAAUCACAAUGUUAUCACAUUCUGCCAUGGUCAAAGAGAGGAAACAACAAGCAUCAGACAUUAUGAAGGAAAUCCACAGAAAUGAAGCUGCCUAGAUGUGCCACAAAAUACGCCAUUGGUUACAGAGAACUUUGAAUCCUAGCUCUGCAGGAUUCAGAUCAAGGACAAUGUGUGUCUGAGGGAACAGCGGGGCCCAAAAUAUUUAACAUUCAGAAUGGAGCAGAUGAUUGACAGAGGAUCAGAUGAACUAAACUGAAUUUUCUCCACUUUAUUCCCCCAAAAUUUCAACAUGGGCCAAGUUCUAGGCAGUAGACUAAAAGAGUCAGAUGGCCUAGACCUUGGAAAGAAAAUCAGCAUCCCCAGAGACAUCAUGGUGGAGGAACUAUCAAUGCUCAGCAACAGAGGUGCAAGACUAUUUAAGAUGCGUCAAAGGAGAUCUGACAAGUACACCUAUGAAAACUAUCAUUAUUUAGCAAAUAAGCAAAGGAAUCGCAGUGAACCCAUGCAAAUUCUUAAAAUGGAAACUAGAAAUGCUGAAGUCAGCCAACAGCAUGCACCAAUGACACCUCCUAAUACACCUGACCCACGGAGCCCACCAAAUCCUGAAAGCAUUGCACCAGGAUAUUCUGGACCACUAAAGGAAAUUCCUCCUGAGAGGUUCAACACUACUUCUGUGCCAAAAUAUUAUCAGUCCCCCUGGAUAGAAGCCAUCAGCAAUGACCCAGAGUUGUUGGAGGCUUUAUACCCUAAACUCUUUAAGCCUGAAGCAAAGCCAGAGCUACCUGACUACAGGAGCUUUAACAGAGUUGCGACUCCAUUUGGUGGUUUUGAGAGAGCAUCAAAGCUGGUUAAAUUCAAGGUACCAGAUUUUAAUCUACUUCUGCUAAAUGAUCCCAGGUUCAUGAUCCUCGCUAACCCUCUUUCUACAAGGAGGUCCUUUAACAGGACCCCUAAGGGAUGGACGUCUGAGAAUAUUCCCAUAGUGUUCAUCCAGCCUUCGGAUUCCAACACUGUUCCAGAAACCGAUGACCUGUGAAAGGGAAGCUGUUGUUUUAUAUUUGAUACAAAAUGCUGAAAGCUGACCAUAAAAAUCAGCAUGUUAUUAUUUUGACUUUAAUAGAACCUACUUGCCACAGCCUCCCCGGUAGCUGGAAUCUAACUACUAACUUCUGAUACAGUAACCUUUUUCGUGACUUUAAUUUCAUCUACAGACCUAAUAUAAAUAAAAUAAUUUGGCAA